CUGGGUUCCCUGCUGGGGCGCGGCGGAUUCGGCAGCGUCUGCUCGGCGACGCGGCUCUCGGACGGCGCCCCGGUGGCCAUCAAACGCGUGCCGCGGGAUCGCAUCCGGCACUGGAGCGAGCUGCCCGACGGCACCAGCGCGCCCCUGGAGAUCGUGCUGCCGGCCAAGGUGUCCUGUGGGUGUGCUGGUGUCAUUCAGCUGCUGGAGUGGCUUGAGCUCCCCGACAGCUUCUUGCUGGUGAUGGAGCGUCCAGAGCGGUGCCAGGAGCUCUCGGGUUUCCUGGCGGAGCGGAGGUUCCUGCCGGAGGAGGAGGCGCGGGGGCUGUUCCGCCAGGUGCUGGAGGCCGUGCAGCACUGCACCAGCUGCGGGGUCCUGCACAGGGACAUCAAGCCUAAGAACAUCCUGCUCGACCUGGCCAGCGGGCAGCUGAAACUGAUUGACUUUGGCUGUGGCGCUUUCCUCCAAGACACAGCCUACACCCAGUUUGCAGGAACCCUGGCCUACAGCCCUCCAGAGUGGACCCAGCACCAAAGCUACCAUGGCGAGGCAGCGACGAUCUGGUCCCUGGGCCUCCUGCUGUACCAGCUGGUCGUGGGGAAGCACCCGUUCAGGAGGGGCCAGGAGAUCAUCUGGGGGCGCAUCUUGUUCCCAGCACGGCUCUCUCAAGAGUGCCAAGAUGUCAUUAAGCGGUGUUUGUCCAUGCAGCCCUCGGACAGGCCAUCAUUAGAAGAGCUUUUCUGCCAUCCUUGGGUGCAGGGCGUUCCUCGGCCCUAGAAGAUGGGAGAGAUCCAUGUGCACAGUUGGAUCCAGGGGCCUGGCAGGUACCAGCUCCACACAUCUCUUGGCACUCAGUGGCAAAGCAAACCAGACUGGUUUUGUCCUGCCUGUAGCUCUGAGCAGGGGUCAGCAGAAGGGAACAAGCAGCUCUUGGGCGGGAGCUGAGCUGGAGAUCUGGUGUGGCAAGCACUGGUGGCCACCAUCGCCCCGGUUUGUUUGUCUGGUUCAUGGAUGGCUGGGGCCCUGGGCAGAGCCCUGACAGCCUGGUCUGUUCCCAGGGAAGGAGAAGGAGCUCCUGGAGAAGCUGUACCAGGUGGGGCUGCUGCUGGAGACAGCAAGGACAGCCUCAAGGAUGACAGUCUCUUCCUUGGCCUGGCCAGCUGAAGAAGAUGGACUUGGAUUCUGGCACCUUCUCUAAAGACACACUCCACACCCAAUUUGCAGCCGGGCUCUGCGGGUGCUGAGGCUGCUCUGGGCUCUGCCAGGGCUCUGUUGGGCUCAGCCCUGGGCACAGCUGGCCUGGCUCUGCCCUCACAUUGCUCUGACAGCUUUGCAUCAGACAAGCCCGUUCCGAGCACAGCGCCUGAGCUUUCUGCUUUGGCAGAGGUGCCACAAGUGGGCCAAAGCUGGCGAGUGGGCCGUGUCCCUGAGGUAGUGCAGUCUGGAGCUGAUGGAUGGAGAAUUGCCUUUCUGCACUCCCAAACCAGAGGAAAAAUCUAAAACAUGCUGUAAAAAAAGAGUGUCCUUUGCUCCUGGUUCCCAUGCGGAGCAGCUCCCUUCCUGCUGGCUGAGCUGCUCAGGCAGAGCCCGGCAGCUCCUGGCCAUGCAGGGCUGAGGCUUUUCCCCACUGCUGGGCACAGACUGAUGGAGCAGCACUGCUGAACACGGGCACACCCAGAGGGACCAAGAGCAGCUGCCUUUGGCCACCUGAGGCUCCAAGGCCCAAACUCUGAGCAGCCAGGGCUGGAAGAGACUCGCAGGCUCCCUGGUGGCUGUGCUGCCCCACUUGUGCCCGGCCCAGCUCUGCAUGAGGCAGAGGGAGAACAAGGGGCAGCUCCCUCUCAGCCCAGCCCAGGGACCCCUCCAGCCCCAGGGAUUGGGGCACUGUCAGCACCUGCUGCUCCAGCCACCGCUCCUGCUGACCCUGACAGCAGCACCCAA